CGAAAACCUGUACGACGUCAUAAAAGUUUUCAAACGUCAUUCGAAGCAACCAAUCAUGUAACAGAUACCAUACGAAAUAAAAUUGUAAAGUAUUUACAUGUUUAUCGUUUUUCAUUUUGAGUCUACCUUUCAAGAUGAUAACAUUAUUUCAAUCUUUAGCUUCUUUAUUGAAAUUAAAGCCAAUUUGCGUGGAUAAUAAUGUAUUUCGUCUUCAUUACAAGUUUACUGUUGGAGUUCUGUUAUGUUUUUGUGUAACAGUGACCUGUUAUCAAUUUUUUGGCGAACCCAUUAAAUGUUUAAAGGGAAACGUUCGACAAGAAGCUCUGGAAACAUUUUGCUGGAUUCAUUAUACAUAUUCCCUACCAGAAGCCUUUUCUAAAACAUAUCCAGAAGUACCUUAUCCAGGAAUUGAGAACUCUUUAAGGAAGAAAAAGGAAAGAGUGUAUCAUAAGUAUUAUCAAUGGGUAUGUUUUGUAUUAUUUCUUCAAGCUCUUCUGUUUUUUAUACCUCAUUAUAUAUGGAAAAUAUGGGAAGGUGGAAAGAUAAAAGCUAUCACUUUAGAAUUAGAUAAACCAAUUCUCAGCGAAGAAACUAAAGAAGACAACAAAAAACGUUUAGUAAAAUAUUUAAAAGAUACUCGUGGUUUACAUUCCUUAUAUGUUAUUUAUUUUGUUAUUUGUGAAAUUUUGAAUUUUGUUAACGCUUUUGGACAAUUAUUUUUAAUUGAUAAGUUUCUCGGGCAUGCAUUCUUAAAAUAUGGUACUGAAAUCUUGGAACAUACAAAUGUUUAUCCGGAUGAUCAUUUAGAUGGUACAAAUCCUAUGAUGAUUCUUUUUCCAAAAAUGGCUAAAUGCCUUUUUCACUCAUUCGGAUCUGGUGGAAGCAUUGAAGAUAAUGAUGUAAUGUGCAUCCUUCCACUUAAUAUUAUUAAUGAAAAAAUCUAUGUAUUUUUAUGGUUUUGGUUAAUAAUAUUGACUACUUUAACAGCUAUCCACUUGGUUUAUCGCUUUAUUACUCUGAUGUCAUGGCAAGCGAGAUAUAUUUCUCUUAGUUUUAAAUGUAAAUUAGUCGAUAAGCAUAGUCUCUUAUCUGUACUUCAAUUCUGUAAUUUUGGCGAUUGGUUUUUACUUAAUUUGUUAUCAAAAAAUUUAGAAAGAUAUCAUUUUAGAGAUUUAAUUGAAACAUUAGCCAAAGAAUUUCAAACAGAUGGUAAUGAAAAAUUGCUAGAGAAAGGAAAUGGUGACAAAAUGAAAUUUCCUUAAUUUGUAGAAGUUUAUGAUAUAAUUUUGAUGUGCCAAAUAUAAAAUUUUAUAAUUUAAUUAUUAGAAAAUGUUUAGUCUUUUCUAAAGUACUAACUGUAUAGUAUAAUAAUUGUCAAUUUUUGCCAGUAUUAAUUGACUAUUUAAAAUCUGUCAAGUCCAGCUACACUGCCAAACAUCAAAGAUGAAAUAAGCUGCAUACUUAAAUGAUGCAAAAUUACUUAUUUAAAUAAUAACUUUUAAAUAAUUAUGUUUAUAUUGUUUGCCAAAAUGUGUAUUUUAUGAUUUUAAUUUCAUAGAUAACUGAUGAUAUACUGUCUAACAAUCAAAAUUAUAUUUUUAAUAAAAAAGUGAUAUAUUCUACUGUAUUUACUUUAUUUAACUGUUU